AUCCCCCUCGGCGGGCCUCCACCUCGGCGCCAGUGUAUCUGGAAGCCGAUUCUCCUCUCACUCCGGAGCUCACUUCGGAACCUGUACCUGGGAAAGUCAAAGUCCCCCAGAUUGGACUAUAUGACGGAACUUCGGAUCCUGAUUCGCACCUCGGUCAUUAUACCUCUUGGAUAGAUCUGCAUGGGGCCUCAGACGCACUCCGGUGUCGUAUGUUUUCGCUUACACUGGGGCCUCGAGCCCAAAAAUGGUACCAUUCUCUCCCCCCUCACUCUAUUUGGAAAUGGCAACAAUUGAGGUCGGCUUUCCGAUCUCAUUUCAUCGGGGCUCAAGUCUGCCUAAUCCCUAAAGAAUCUCUUGCAAAUGUUACUCAAAAAGAUGAUGAAAGUGUCAAGGAUUAUAUUGCCCGGUUUAAUGACCGAGUCCAGAAUAUGGAACCUUGUCAUCCUGAAACUCUGCUUGUCAUGGCUAUUGCUGGCGUAAAACCGAACUCGAUUUUCCGCUGGACACUGUGCAAGAAUAAACCGAAUACUUUUCAAGAAUUUCUCGCUCGAGCUCAACAACAUAUCAUAGCUGAAGAAGCCAUGUCGGUCCCCGACUUUAACUUUAAUCCGAAGUCAUCUAAGGCGGGAACCGAUGAGAAGAAAAAGAACAGAUACUUUGAAAGACAAAACAAGACUCAGUUCAGGGGGCCUCCUCGGGGAGAUCCCAACGAUCCUGAAGUUCGAGCGGCCCAAAAACAAUAUGCUACCGAUGUGAAGUCUGGUUAUCAAACCGUAUAUUCUGCGGGAGCAGCCACCAUAUAUGAAGAAAUCAAAGGGAAGGGCAUUUUACCAGAUCCUAAACCACUUCGGAUGCCCGAAGAAAAACUGGACAGGUCCCGGUACUGUGAUUAUCAUAAAUCGCCAGGGCACAACACGGAUGAGU